AAGCAUCGCUCUUGAGCGUCUCUUCGUGAGCAGACGAGUGUGCCAAUACCCUCCAGCAGACGACGGAUGCGAGGGUUCCCUGGAUUAAACACGGAUUAAGAAGAGGAUGAGCUGAGGCCCGGGAUUUGAAAAUGAGCUCGAACGCGAUCCGCGGCAUCCGCAGAAAGAAGUCGACGAUUUCCGAGGUGAAAAUCGCCGUCCUCGGUGCGACUGGAGUAGGCAAAAGUGCCCUUGUGGUUAGGUUUCUAACGAAGCGAUACAUCGGCGAGUAUGAUCACCAGACGGAGAACCGGUACAAGAGCGAGAUGGUGGUCGACGGAGAGCCAGUGGUCUUCGAGAUCCUCGACACCUGUCCAAGGUCCGAGGACGAGCUGCCCCGCGACGACGUGCUCCAGUGGGCGGACGGCUUCAUGCUGGUCUACUCGAUCGUGGACCGGUCCAGCUUCCGCUACCUGCGCCUGCUGAGGCAGCACCUGCAGACGGCGCUGCCGGCCCUGCAGAGGGCCGCCCAGGCCGCCGGAGGAAGCGCUCCGGGGGCCACGCCGAUGCACCCCGUGGGCCCGCCGCCCGUCUGCAUCGUGGCCAACAAGGCGGACCUCAUACACCUCAGACAGGUGAGCACCGAAGAAGGCGAGAUCCUGGCCAAGGACUCUGACGACGGUUUCGUCGAGCUCACGGCCUCGGAGCAGGUGCUCCAGGUUGCCCAGGCCUUCGCCGACCUCUGCAGGGACGUGUACGCCCACUGGCGACGCUCCAAGCAGUCGCUCCUGGACAGGGUGCUCGCGGGCACCAAGGGCAUCACAGCCAAGGCCAACGACCCCGGAGGCCGCAAGUGAACCUCCCCGCGCCUGCGCUCACGUCAGCCAAUCGCCGCCAUGUUCUAUGCUCACCGUUUGCGGUCUUUCUCUGUCCACCGCAAAAUGAUGAGUUUGUUUCCUGCGUGUGUGCGCGUGUUCGUGGUGGUUACUCCUGUGCGAUGCAAAAAUAGCAAAUCUUCCGAGUUGCUGGUUCGAGGGUAUGUCUGGUAAAGGUGCAUGUGCGCUAGCAGACCUUGUUGAGUCCGGUGAGCUGCUGUGACCUUAAUUGAGUUGUUACUAAAACGAGUAUUUUUUUACAUGAAAGCUUUGUUAAAAGUUUUACUGGCAAUUCAACUGCCUUUAUAGAUUCGGCGAAUGAGGGCGCCCAAGAACACGCGCAGAAUGAAAAUCGCGAGCUUAUGCGCCGAUUCUCUAAAAGCUUUUGUUCUCAAGGCAUUUAAAUUCCCCGUGAAACAUACGUCGGCCUUGAAAUGGAGCCUUGUGUCUUCGCUGUAGGUGGGCAAUUUGAUCAGUGCAGUUGGCUACUAACCUGGGAUUAUUAACCCUCAUAACGUAGUACUAUGUUUGUGUUGGUUAUCUCCGAACACUCGAUUUUUAUGCCGCAGACCAACUCAUGUCUCUGACCUCGCGUUGAGGCAGCAGCUCUGGUUGUGGAACUGCGCACGUUCAAAUACUUAACUCUAAAAAAAGAAAGUUUUUCAUUACGCGCCAGUUUUGGCGUGAUGUCAUAGGUGUUGCUGGGUGUAUCAGCAGCACUGCGAAAGCGCCUGCAUUACUGGGCAGUACAAAACAGGUCUGUGCAAGAUUCAAGUCUCUCAUUUUAUUCUUCAUCUCCACUCAAACGUGAAUUUCAAAAUGCAAGCCAACCACGUGGUAGCUACCGUUUAGUGACACAAGGUUGGCUGACACAACAACAGCAAAGGAUACCAAGGAAAACUAUGACAGAGCGGACAACACCACCUAGACUAGGAAGGUCUGCGCCCUCAGAUGUUGAUGGCAUUGGGCUUUGAACGCACAUGGACACAUUUUUUGUUCGGGAGUAACGCGUCAGCAUUCGACUCGUGUUCAAUCGAUGUGUCUACGAACGCUCGGUGUCGAGUUCCGGACCCGAUCGCUCCGUUGCCGCCGUUGUAGUGUGAUGUCGUUUCACUAUGCGGUGCCACAGGGGACAGGAUUCGGCGAGUCUAUGUGGUGUACUACCAAAAAGAGAGCUGUGUGUGUGUGUAUGUGUGUGUGCAUGUGGUGGCUCUGUUUGUGCAGCUGUACUGCAUUGCCUGACUAGGGGAAUCUCAUGACGUAGUUCUAUUUUUAGAAAAGAACGAGCGAAGACUGCCAAUUACUAGUAUGAGAUUAACAAAACGUCUGGAGUCCGGCCCGUAUUUUAAGAGCGAGUUGAUGAAAGAGCAAAUCGCAUGUUUGAAACGCGGGUGUCUCCACUACCUGAAUCUCGCAUAAGUCAUGGACUGGACUGUGGCGAACGCAGGUAUGCAAGCUAACUAUGCCAUCAUUGCCGCUGCAGCUUUGCCUCCGAAACAGUUUUGAACAUUCACCGUCUGGGGCGCGUUCGCACGAGUAAAAAUGUCUCUUCUAUAGGUUCUCAAUUCAAAGAAAAUGUUCGGCACAAAUGCACGCCCAUAACCAUCCAUACAUAAAACACAGUGUACAAAGUUUGAGUCACGCGGUAAAGGGCCGAGAUGGCAGCCACUGAGGACCUGAUGACAUUGACGUAAGUUACAAUAUUUUAGAACUGGCUGAGAUUAUGCAAGAUAUAUGCACAGUCUCGCUGACUCGCGGCUUUUCUUUUGUAAAGUUAACCCGUUAGCCGUCGCCUAUUUGGGCAUGUUAUGUAUCAAUUGAAAAACGCAAACACACACAUGAUUUGGUAUUUUUUUAUUUACCCCAGUUAUCGUGUACCCAAUCAUGGCGGACACCAUUGUAGUACCCGCGAAAAGGGUAAUUCCGUUUGUUGCAGCCUUUCGAUUAAAUCCGGACGAAACAAGUUUUGUCCGGUUUGGGUGGUUGCGCUGCCAACCUUGUACAGUCUCGCUGUAGUAUUUUGAUGUCCUCUGCGCCUCGUUUAUUUUGAUCUCUUACAAUGUACUAAUAUACGGAAACUUUUUUUUUUUUUUUUCAGGCGGAGUUUGUUUGGGAGUUUCACAAAUUGGGGAAUAUCUGUAAAAUUAAAAAAAAAAAAAAAUCUACAAAAAAAGGAAAAACGAAGUUACUCAAAAUGCAGAUUUUAAUCGGAAUUUUAUUUUGAAGAGGAACUUCUCAUAAGAGAAACGAUAAUGUGACCAUUUAUUAGCUAAUCGAGACACUUUAGCAAAAAAAAAAAA